CCGAGGUCGGCUCCUCCCGCCUGCAGACACGGAAGUGGCGGCCUCUGGGGAAGCAGGAGCCGAAGAGGGACGCGGGAGUCAUGGCGCCGGCGGGACUGAAGGCGAUAGUGGGCGAGAAGAUCUUGAACGAUGUCAUCCGCAGCAUGAAGAAGGAAGGAGAAUGGAAGGUACUUGUUAUGGAUCAUCCGAGCACUCGCAUUCUCUCAUCUUGUUUUAAGAUGUCAGACCUUUUGGCUGAAGGAAUCACAAUUAUUGAAGACAUUAACAAGCGCAGAGAGCCCCUCCCCAGCCUGGAAGCAAUCUACUUGAUCAGCCCCAUUGAGACGUCUGUGCAUGCUCUGAUAAACGACUUCAAAGCCACUCCCACCUUCACAUACAAGGCUGCCCAUGUCUUCUUCACUGACACCUGCCCUGAGAACCUCUUCAAUGAGCUUGGCAAAUCGCGAAUCACCAAAGCCAUCAAAACACUCAAGGAAAUAAAUGUUGCCUUCCUUCCCUAUGAAUCACAGGUGUACAUCCUUGACAGCCCCCAGAACUUCCACCAUCUCUUUAGCCCUUACUGCAGGGAGGAUAAGAACAAUCACUUAGAAAGGAUGGCAGAGCAAAUUGCCACGUUAUGCGAUACCCUCAAGGAGUACCCUUCGAUUCGCUACAGGAAUGGCUCUGAAGAAUGCUGCCUGUUGGCCCAUGCAGUGUUGGCAAAACUGAAUGCCUUCAAAGCAGACAACCCCACCAUGGGAGAGGGUCCUGACAAAUCUCGCUCUCAGCUUUUGAUUGUAGACCGGAGCUGUGACCUGGUAUCUCCGCUUCUCCAUGAGCUCACCUUGCAGGCCAUGGCCUAUGACCUGCUCAACAUUGAGAACGAUACGUAUAGGUAUGAAUCCACAGGCAUCAGCGACUCACGAGAAAAAGUGGUACUGCUGGAUGAAGACGAUGACCUGUGGGUGGAUCUGCGCCAUAUGCACAUUGCCGACGUCUCCAAGAAAGUGACUGAGCUCCUGCGGACCUUCUGUGAGAGCAAGAGACUCACCACAGACAAGGCCAACAUUAAAGACCUGUCUCAGAUCCUGAAGAAGAUGCCCCAGUACCAGAAAGAAUUACACAAGUAUUCCACACAUCUGCACCUAGCAGAGGACUGCAUGAAUUCCUUCAAGGGCACAGUGGAGAGGUUGUGCGGCGUGGAGCAGGACUUAGCCACAGGUACAGACGUUGACGGAGAGAAAAUCAAAAACCCCAUGAAGACUAUUGUGCCGAUUGUCCUGGACACCAACGUGGCCGCGUUUGAUAAGAUCCGCAUCAUCCUGCUCUGCAUCCUCCUCCAGAACGGCAUCAAUGAGGAGAACCUCACCAAGCUCAUCCAGCAUGCCAACAUACAGCAGGACAGGGACAUCCUCUACAACAUGCACUGCCUGGGGGCCGCCAUCAUGCCAGAGGACAUUGGUGCACACAUGAAACCUAUAAGGAAAGUGCGACUGGAGCCUACCUACCAGCUCUCCCGGUGGAUUCCUUUUCUUAAGGAUGUCAUGGAGGACGUCAUCGAGGACAAGCUGGACAAGAAGUUGUGGCCUUAUGUGUCUUGCCCAGCCCCGGGCCCCUCCUCACAAGCUGCUGUGAGUGCUCGCUUUGGUCAUUGGCACAAGACCAAGACCGCCACCGAGUACCGGACAGGACCCCGCCUCAUCCUGUUUGUACUGGGGGGAGUUACCAUGUCGGAAAUGCGCUGUGCCUAUGAAGUCACUGAUGCCACGGAUGGAAAGUGGGAGGUGCUAAUUGGCUCAUCCCACAUCCUGACUCCCAAGCAGUUCCUGGAAGAAGUGCGCAAUCUGACUGAGCAGGCUCCACUGAAGUCCUAAGAACAUCCCACGCCCAUAAGAGACUGUCUGACAGCAGUUCUGUUUAUCUGCCCAGAUAAACCUUUAUUCUCAAAAAGAUGCCUUCUCACACACACACCUGACUUUGCUUCUGUCCUUUUAAGACUGGCCCCUCCUUCAGCCCAGCUAUCAUGAAUGAGCAUGACACUGGAGGACCUGGUCUAGUGUCCAGGCCGAAGACGAGGGUCCAGCCACCUGUUACGUGAAUCCUUUAUUUAACACUGUGAUGAGGUUUCUGGUUGCACUUUAUUUUCUGUUCCCCUCUUCCCCCACAACCUCCGCCCAGCCUUCCCCAAAAGGAGGGGAAAUGUAAACUGUAUAUCUGAUGGAUAAGCAUCUCCUACUUCUCCCUUCAUCAGUGCAGUUAUUUACUCCCUCAGGGAUUUCCAGGAAAUGAGCUGCUUUGAUGUCUAUACACAUGUCUUUGUCUAGACUCCAGCUUGGUUCUCAUUCUUCUUCUUCUUUUUUUUGGGGGGGGGGGACAAAGGUAAAUUGCUCACUGAAAGAACUUAUUUUUGGUUGUUGUUGGUUUCAGGAAAAGUUUGAAUGGAUUCAAGACCAUUCACCCCCCAAUCCUAUGUAACAUGUAGAAGCGGUAGCUGUUCCUGGAUGCCCAGUGUUGCAGGCCUACUGGUUGUGCUGACACCUAGUAUAAGAUGAGGGCUACUGUAAUUUUUAAAAGACAUGGGGAAAUGAAUGUAUGGGAGGUGCUGUGUACUACUUGCAUUGCGAGACUUAUUUAGCUCUGCUGAAGAAAUCCCAGUGUAUAUAAAUAAAUGUGAAAAUUAAAGUUGUC